CUCCAUAAACAAUGGAUUAUAUGUUUACAAGGGGCAGGAUCGCAACCGCCCCACCAACAUCCCUAACGCCCAUGCUGUGGUGUUCCAAGUGUGCAUACAGAACCGGUACAAGCUCAACAAGAAGUAUAGGAAAUGCCUGGGGAAUCACCAGCUGGACACCACAGAGCCGGUCAUCAGAGCUCUUCUGUCACAAGCUAAGAUGGCCGCAGAAGCAGAAAAGAAAGACAACUUGGCAGAACAGAACCGCCAGCACGGUAAACGGGUGAGAUACGGCGAGAUCGUGCAGUUGAAGCAUAUGUUCACUGGGAAAUUUGUACACAUGAGUACAACACAUACAAGCAAGAAGGACAAGAACAACAUGAAGGUCUCGCUCAUAGAAUUUAACGCCAAGAAUGCCCAGUUUAGAAUUCUUCCCCGCUACAAAGUUAAAUCAGAAGGAGAAGUGGUACAACUCUACGAUCAGAUCGUGUUUGAAAGUGUCAAGUCGCCAGGACAUUAUUUUCACGCCAGCGAACCAUACCAGAUCGAUCAUUAUUCCUUUGGCUCGGAGCUCAAUCUUGGCGUCGAGAGGUCAAGUUUUACUUUAAUUGGAAGCUACAGAGAUCGACCAGAACAAGAGAGAUUUGUCAGGGGAGGUAGUGUUGUGCGUCUGUUUCACAAGGAACUAGAGGCGUAUCUAGUAGCCGAAGGUCUGUUUGAUGAAGCUGUUAUUGAAGAUGUUCACUUCCGGAUCCGGGCAAUCGAUCAGCACAGGCCGAAAUCUCUGUCGCCGUCCACGUCGGGUCUGACUUAUUGGCAAGUGGAAGCCGAGCACAGCAUUAUCGACGGUGAUGUAUUGCGAUGGGAGCAGCAAAUCCGUCUGCGUCACAUGCUGACAAGACAGUACUUGUGUAUAGACUCCAAGAUGGAGGUAUCACUGACGCCUGACUCAUCUGACCCCCGAACUGUGUUUAGGUUACAUUCUGUACUGAAGGAAAGAGAUGAAAUUCAAGUGGAGAGCUACGCAAGAAUCGAACACAUGUUGACCAGUUGUUGGCUGCAUGCUCUCAAAGACGAGGACUAUGAGAAGAGACAGUACCAAGAGUACGACACAGAGAGAACCAUGCAGGGUCUCCGCUGGGACGGGGCUCCAUUACGAAAGAUCUCAGCCAGCAUGGAGAGUAUGUAUGAUGAUGCCUACACCAUACAAAUUGUUGCAGAUCAGGAUGUUCUCAACUUCAACUUUGUUGCUGGCAUUAUUCCAUUUCUCUUCAACCUCAUUCAAGAUCAAAGAAGUGAUACACCACUAACAACAAGAAAAACACAUGCAGUAGUCACAACAUUACAUGAGAUCAGAGAGUUCAUUAUGCCUAACGGGGCUCCAGACAAGAACAGACAAAAACUGUUGAGGAACCUUCGAGUGAUUGACCUGCUUGUGAAGCUGCUGCAGUGUCCACUGAGAGAAGGAGAUGAGCAGCUGCACAUGAUUCACAUAUUCAAGGAAGCUUACGAUGUCCUGCACGCGUACAUGCUGGGCAAAAGUCGCAAAAAUGCACUCUACAUCGCAAAAUACAUAGACUUCUUCCAGACACAGUUUACUCAGAAGGGAGGAAUAGGCCUCAAUGUGGCACAGAUGAUAGUGGAGCUUGUCAGGGACAAGAGGAAGAUUGUGGAUCGAAUCACCCAACAUCACAUCGAGACAUUCAUACAACUGCUCAGAAGCAAUCCGAACUACCAUUUCUUGGAUUUAUUGCAUGUCCUUUGUGUUUGUGAUGAAGUGGCCAUCCCCAACAAUCAAAGCUACAUCGUCCAGCAGUGGCUACGGACAUACAAGGAUAGUAUUUAUCUAAUGGAGAGAGGCCAAAAUAUCAACAAACGACCAAAUAUCAUUUACAUCUCCAUUGACAGUGGCCAUUCGUGGAUGGCAUUACACAAGUUUGUGGAUCCAGAAUCAGAAGAGUAUGAUGCUGAAAGGAACCUCUUCUUGAUUCACCAACUGGACCUCAUGAAAGCCUUCUGUUUUGGCCGUAAUGACUUUGCUAUUCACACAAUCACCAGAGAGUUUGGUUACAUCACCUGGGAAGAUGCCUUUUUGUGUAUACAAUCAGAUCUUUUACCAGACUCCAUCAGAGCCAAAUUUAUUGAGCUUGUUAUAGGACUUUUUGUGGAUGUUGGAAACAAUUAUUCAGUUCUAGACAACCCAAACAUUUGUUUUGUUUAUGAGUAUGUUGGCUCCAAAGAUGCAGAAACAGACCAAAGCCAUUAUCAUGCUCCACCCACCAGUAGUCCAGAUUUUACCUCUGUGACGGUCUUCCCUGGCGGCAGUAGUGCCCUAGCAAUUCCUGAUGAGGACAAGCAUUGUAGACUGGAAGCUUUUUCCAGCAAAUCUUUAAGUGUCAGCCAGGUUGAUGGGGAAAUCGUCACUCAGAAACAAGAAGUGGUCGGUUCUGAUGAGGUAUCAACUUCUGCUGUGCGUUAA